CAGUCAGCCAACGUCUCAACUGCUUAGAAGAGGCUGUUUGAAAGCAUGAAACAAGAGGUAUUUCUGUUUGUUUAAAUGAGGGAAUGCCUCCAUUUGUCACACUAAUAGGUUCUCGCAAUGGCUGGAAACAGGCUUCCGGAAAAUAAAAAGCCUCGGCUAAACCUCAGCAAAACCAAGAGAAAAGCGGCAAGCGGCGUGGAAGCGAAAGAGGACUCCUCUUUAGCAAUGCCUUCCUCUUCCUCCAUCGCUUCCUUUUUCAACAACGUCCCUCCUGCCAAAAUUUCUUGCCCUUUGUGCGGCCAGAUCGUCUCGAGAUACGGAAUCAACAAACAUAUAGAUGAAGUUUGCGAAAAGAGCCAACGCGACGACGUGGUUCUGGUCGACUCAGGUACGGUUCCUUUGGCGGAUGUUUUGAGUCCGUAUUUUGCAAAGAACGCCUCGACGCCGGAAAAAAAUCCGAAUCCCCCAGGAGCAGAUGACUGUGAACGAAAGGCACUUGCAGGAGGAGAGACAAGUCCUUAUUUUAAGAAGGGGGCCGGUCGGGCGUUGAGCGAUGGGCAACCUGGUAAGGUUGACACGGUAAGGAGUAUCUCCUUAGGAAGCUUGUCGACCAAAUUGUCCAGGAAACGUCGCGCCCGAGGUGGUGAUGGGGCUUCAUCUCUGGGCAGCAAAGCCUGUGAGAAAAUGGUAGACCCAAACCCAAAAGACUCCACUUCCAUGGGAGGGUCCCAGAAAGAGAACCAGUUGCCGUUGGCAAGGUUUCAAGAGUGCCCCAGUUCGAAAGAAGGUCCAACAAAUCAAUAUGGAGCUCUGGAUUUGGUCAAUGAUUUUGACGUUUCGUCAUUACCGUUGGGCGAUCCGGUUUGCAGUGAACUUGGACUUUCAACCGGAGCCAAGGAGCCACCAAAUGUCCCCAAGAACGGCCCAGUUUUGGACCUUCAGAGGCUCCAAGUAUGUCCAUCAGCUUCCUCUGAAUUGCCAACCGGAGACGCUUCUUCUGCCGAACAAGAUCCAAUAUUCAAGGCGGGAAAGAAAUGCCAUAACCCAGUGCCUAAUGUCUCUUCUUUGGAAGACGAUGGUAUGGAAGUACUUCCUAUGGAAGGUCACAGAAAUGCAAAAAAUGAAGCGAGGGGUGAUAGUGGCUCAGGAGCUUUAGGAGAAUCGCCUCCCAUCAAAAGUAAUUUCGAAACUGUCCUCGGUGUUCCUGGACCUGAUUCGGAUGCAGAAGGUCAUCCGUAUUAUCUCAGGAAUUUCCUGAUGGUCCUGCAAGCCGUUUUGGAGAAUGAAGAUGAUCGGAGGCUCUUUGAUGAGCAAGAUUUGGAAACCGUUGCUAAAUUCUACCGGUUAUCGGCUGGAGGGCAGAAGCUAUACGUCAGGCUUUUCCAACGUAAGCUGAGCUGGAUCAAAACGAAUAAAAUAGAAUACGCUGAGAUCAGCCAGGAUCUCUCGCCUGUCAUCGGAGAGUUGGUUGAAGCUGGAUUCCUUCAAUCAGAGACAGAAUUACAGGAUCUGUCUGAGGUUCUUGAUUUGCUGUCAGCCCCUGAGCUGAAGACUUUAGCAAAGACGUUCCACUUGAGAAACCCGAAUGCUCAGAAACAGCAAAUCCUUGAAGAUUUCCUCCGGCUGGCAAAACAACGCUCCUUUUUCAGCUCAAACCAGGCCGGCGUUGGAAGUGUGAUUCUGAAACGGGCAAAAGAGCUGGCUGGGAAGUGUGUCCGGAUUUGCAAAGGGCCUCGGGCGGUCUUCUCUCGGGUGUUGCUCCUCUUCUCCUUAUCUGACCCAACGGAGGAUGAAGAAGCAGGGAGUGGAGGCCAGGGACAACUCUCCACUGUCCUCAUGGUCAACAUGGGCCGGGUGGCCUUCCCCACUUACAAUGUCAACAGAAAAACACCAAUAUUUGAGGAUCGUGAUGAUUUUAUCAGAUAUGCCACUGCUGCACACCUGUCAAAUGACGUCUCCGUGGCUCAGGCUAAUGGAAACUGGAAAGAAGGCCACAACCUCUACAAGGCUGCAAAAGUAGCCUGGGAAGAGUUGAAAGAUCACCCUUCUCUAAGGCAUCACGCUGCCCUGCCCGAAUACCUGAGGCGUUUCACGGUCGGUUGGGUGUAUACACGUAUCCUCUCCCGUGGAGUCGAGAUCUUGCAGAGGCUUCACAUGUACGAGGAGGCUGUGGAGCAGCUGCAAGACCUGUUGGCUCAGGAGAUUUAUUGUAUGGACAGCCGGGGACGAUGGUGGGAUCGACUGGCUCUCAACUUGCACCAGCACUUGAAAGACACAGAGAAGGCUGUUCAGUGCAUCCGGAAAGGUCUCCUGGACCCAUUUGUCCGCACCGGCCACCGGCUUUCCCUCUCCCAGCGAGCUCAGAAGAUCAGAGAGUCCCCGGUGUGUAAGAAAUUCAGGUCUGUCUUGCAAGACUUGCCUCUCCUCCAUGUGGAAGACGUUGCCCAUGUGACCAUCAAAGGAAAGCUGUGCCCGCAGACCGGGAUGGGGAAGUCUGUGUUCAUUAUGGAAGACCUCAGCAUGGGAGACCAAGGAGAAGACCUUGAGCCAUCAACUUUCAUGUGCUCUGUGGAGGAGCUGGCGUUGGCCCACUACAAGCAGAACGGAUUCAAUCAAGGAAUUCAUGGUGAAGGAUCUACGUUUAGCACUCUCUACGGCCUGUUGAUGUGGGAUAUUCUUUUCAUGGAUGGCAUCCCAGAUGUCUUUAGGAAUCAUUACCAGGCUUUUCCCUUGGAUUUAUACACCGACAGCUUUUAUGAGAACCGCCAGGCAGCUCUUGAAUCCAGACUCGAACUGCUAUAUAACGCUUCGGCUGAGACUCUACAGGACUGGAUUGGCGAUGUCUGGAAUGCCCAGGAAGGCAAAGCAGCGGCACUUAUUAGCUGGGAACGGUUCUCUUCCCUCCACCAGGCUCAAAGCCUGGCGUGCUGCUUUGGGGGUCCUUUCCUGAGCGGAGUUUUCCGGCGGCUUUCAAAAGAUCUGCGCCAUUGCAGAGGCGGCCUCCCUGAUCUUGUCGUCUGGAGAAGUGAAGACCAGCAGUUUAAGCUGGUGGAAGUCAAGGGCCCCAAUGAUCGCCUCUCCCACAAGCAGAUGCUGUGGCUGGCUGAGCUGCAGAGGUUGGGCGCAGUGGUUGAAGUCUGCCAUGUGGUUGCCAUCGGAGCCAAAAGCAAACGCCUGAGCUGAAAUACCUAUACGGAAUUUUUUUGGACUACCGAAAGCAAACAGAUCCGGAACAGAUCCCUACAAAAACAGGGUUGACUGUAUUUUACAUUACUUGGCUGUGUUUGCAAACUGUAUACUUCCUGUGUGUAUCAGUGUACAAUACAGGAGUGUUUGAUCAAAUCAUCGAGGGCAACUAAUGUGACUCUAUAUAAUGCAGAAUGGAUGAUUUACUGACCAACUUUUCAAAUGAAGACUGGCUCAUUUCUGAUUUAUUUUUUUUUAAGUAACAGUAAGACCCAUGUUUGAGUCUUAAUAACUGGGGUAGGAUGCACUAUAUAAUGCAAUGUAAAAGAAGCUCUUUUUGCUUCAGGGGCAUCGUUCAGAGAAGAAAUAAAUAUACUUAGACAGCGGUCAGAUGCUCUUCCAAAUCUUGCUAACUGAAUUGGGCUCGCUGUUGCCAUUUACUGCUUUCCCACAUUGUUGUGGUGUUAUAAGAGCUACUUACAACACCUUCAGAAUAUUUGGGAGUUAAAAACAUGUUUUUCAGAGAAAAUCUGUAUAGCAGCUCCCUUGCAGGCGGUGUGGCAACCUCCCCAAUGCUCAUUGUAAUCCAUGGAAAAUAUCCAGCAAUUAAUCCUUUAUGGCACAUUCGGCACAGAGGUAAAUUUUAGAUUCUUGAAUGAUUUGGCAGAAUGUAAGAUAGAAGCAUAUAAUUAACCUUCUUUGGGCAACAUGCAACACUAGCAAGAUAAAUCAUGUUGCAUUUUUACAAACGUAUACAUCCCAGAAACCUCAAAACUAACCAGGUAUUUAGCAUUCAGUCAUCUUCUGCUGAGGCAAAGCACACUGCAGAAUUAAUAUUUAGAAUCAUAGAAUCAGAGCUGGAAGACACCCCAAAGGGCCAUCCAGUCCAGCCCUGUUCUGCCAUGCAGGAACUCACAAACCACCCCCCAUUUAAGUCACCAACUGGACAACCUCCAAGUGCAGGGCUUGCACUUUACUUUGGUGUAGGGAUGUGAAUGCAAACAGUUGAACCACACUCCAAUGUUCCAUUUAAGUAUCCCUGAAAUCAGUGGGACAAGAUCAUUGCAACUAGUCCCCUCCCCAUUACCUGCUAUUGGAUUUAACUAAAUUGGGCUCCCUCUGGAUGAUGGCAUUGAUCUCAAGCUGUCUGUAAAAAAUGUCUCAGAACUGUCGUUUUUCUAAAGCCACUUUCACCCACUGGUUCAGAAAGACCAAAAUGCAUACUUGGUAACAGUUGAAUACAACCUUAAGAUGAAACCCAUCCAUAGUUUAUGGUUGCAAGCUUCUAUACAUUUAACUAAGAACUGAAUCCCAUUGAAUUAAGUAAGAUUUAUUUCUGAGCUGAUAUACAUAUUGCGUAUUUCAGAGACAGAGUUGAGGAAGGGUUUAAAGUGAGUGGUAUCCAAGCUUUUUUGUUUAUUGUACUUGUAAAGAAGAAACAGUUUUCUAGUAAGGGCUGUAUACAAGGAGCUUUUCUUUUUUAAAUGCCAUAGGGCUGGAGUCCUGAUACCAGGGACUCAGAACAGUUUCUUCAUGGUGCCAAGUUAUCAGUGGAAUGAAAGAUGCAAGCCUUGGGAUUGCCCUAGUGCAGUGAUGGUGAACCUUUUGGAGGCUGAGUGCCCAAACUGCAACCCCAAACCCACUUAUUUAUUGCAAAGUGCCAUGUCCCUCUGGCUUUCUAGUAACAAACUCUGGCAAACUCUGUGCUGGGACAACGGCACAUAUGCCCACAGAGAGGGCUCUGAGUGCCAACUCUGGCACAUGUGCCAUAGGUUUGCCAUCACUGCCCUAGUGUUCACAUUGACCUAUGGGAAAAGUGGUUUGUUCCUGACCCUUCAGGGACUUCUAAACUGAUUUGUCCCAAUAGCUGAUGUCAUUUACAUUUCGAAGGCAUGAAGAUUAGUCCCAAGUACAUAGCAAGGUAUAUAAUAUUUUGUAAUGGAGUUUACCAUCUUUGUUGUACAUACAGCUUUUGUACGAGAUCAAUACUUUUACAAAAGCUAAACUGCUUGAGUAAUGUCUCAAGAUGAAACGGAGUGAAGGGUGCAAUGGGCCCUUGAUGAAACACAGAGGAACUUCAAUUUCAAGUGUUAUUAGUGAGACUAAAAUGUUUUGAGACACUAUUCUUUAUAAAACACAGUUCACUAUUUUAUGUCAUACUACGUAAAUAAUACUGUUUCUUACUGACGAGCCAUUUAUAACACUUUUGAAUUAAAAAAGUUUGCAUUGUUUAUUUUCUGUGGUCAAUAUUAAACUGAA